ACCGCGGACAGGCACAAGACGCCUCCGCCACACAGCCGCGCGCCCCGCCCUGCCGCCCUCAGCCAGGCUCAGCGCGCAGCCGCAGUGCGGCCCGGAAGCGCGGCCUCUGCUUCCGUGCCGAAGGCCGGCGGAGGCGGGAAUGCUGGAGUGGGGCCGGGCAGCCAUGGACAGAAGCAGUUUUGGAGAGGUACUGUCACCCCUCAGUACAGAGAUGGCCAAGCCUGGCCGAAAACAAAGCUCUCAGAAAAGAGUUUCUAUUCUUACAUCCCUGGAUGACAGUAUUGGAAGUAUGACACCCAGAGGCCAGAUGAUUCCCCGAACUUCCAGUUCGUUGUUUCGCCAGCCGUUUACUGCACUGUCUCGAAGCUCUCUGAAGCAGACAGACACAUCUACCAUCCUGGGAGCAGCAGGGAAAUCUCCCCUGAUUCUGCAGAAUUCUGGUCUGCUUGGCAAUCAGUCUAUGUUGGAUGAAAGUAACUGGACAGCAGUGCUCUCACCUCAGCAGACAGGAAUGUUUACAAAUCUAGACAUGACAGAAGAUGUCACCACGAGUGCUGUACUGUUGCGUGAGGAUGAUCCUGGGGAAGCUGCUACUAUGAGCAUGUACUCAGAUUUUCUGCAUUCCUUCCUGAAACAUACAUCAACUACCAUUUUCGAUCUUGUGGAUGAGUAUGAAAGUAUAUGUAAUAAUCAGGUGAACAUACUGGGGAAGAUAGUUUACAGAGCAACUCCUGGACAGCAGAAGUUUUCAAAAACUGCCAGUGUCUUGUGGCUUCUCAAGCAGGAGAUGGUAACGUGGAGACUGUUGUCCUCACUUUAUAGGGACAGAAUACAAUCUGCAUUGGAAGAUGAAACCGCCUUUGAUAUCACAGUUUUAAAUGCAAGUGAAAAGACAAAUGUAGACAACUUGUUUCAGAAAGAUGCACUUGUUCGACAAAGCCAGCUGGUGGUAGAUUGGCUAGAGAGCAUUGCCAAGGAUGAAAUUGGGAACUUCUCUGAUAAUAUUGAGUUUUAUGCCAAAUCUGUAUAUUGGGAGAACACGCUGCAUAUCCUGAAGCAGCGACGGCUGAGUGCGUACAUUGGAAGUUCUCGGCCUCUGGUUACAGAGUUGGAUCCAGAUGCUCCCAUAAGGCAGAAACUGCCACUUGAUGAUUUGGAUCGAGAAGAUGAUGCAAGAUUACUGAAGUAUCUCUUCACUCUUAUCAGAGCAGGGAUGACAGAUGAGGCACAGCGCUUAUGCAAACGAUGUGGUCAGGCCUGGAGAGCUGCAACUUUGGAAGGAUGGAAAUUGUAUCAUGAUCCCAACAUAAAUGGAGGAGGAAACGAGGUACAGCCUGUUGAAGGGAAUCCAUACAGAUGCAUUUGGAAAAUAUGUUGUUGGCGCAUGGCUGAAGAGGAGCAAUUUAACAGAUAUGAGAGAGCAAUCUAUGCAGCACUCAGUGGAAACCUCAAGCAGCUUCUUCCAGUUUGUGACACCUGGGAGGACACAGUUUGGGCAUAUUUCAGGGUCAUGGUGGAUACACUUGUGGAGCAAGAAAUACGAACAUCAGUAGUAACUGCAGAGGAGAUGGAAGAGCUCCCUAGAGAGUAUUUAGAAACCAACUGGACUUCAGAAAAAGUUUUUGAAGAACUUCAGGCAACAGACAAAACGAGAGUUAUAGAGGAGAAUCAAGAGCACUAUCAUGUGAUUCAGAAAUUCAUUAUACUGGGAGACGUGGAUGGUCUGAUGGAAGAAUUCAACAGAUGGCUUUCCAAAGACAGAAGCGUGCUGCCAGGGCACCUCCUUCGUUUCAUGACACAUCUUAUUCUGUUUUUCCGCACUUUGGGCCAGCAGACUAAGGAGGAAGUUUCUGUUGAAGUCCUAAAGACCUACAUUCAGCGGAUGAUAUCAGAGAAGCACACAGACUUAAUAGCUUUUUAUGUGAGCCACCUGCCCCCAGAGCUGGCUGUUGCCCAGUAUGCUCUGUUUCUAGAAGAUGUUACUGAAAGUGAUCAACGCCACCACUGUCUUGAGUUAGCAAAAGAAGCAGGCCUGGAUGUUGCAGCCAUAACAAAAACUGUUGUUGAGAACAUCCGCAAGAAGGAUGCUGGGGAUUUCAGUCACCAUGAUCAUAUGUUGGACACAGGCACAACAGAGGCAGAUCGGCUGAAAAUAGAUGUAAUUGACUGGCUCGUAUUUGAUCCUGCACAGAGGGCUGAAGCACUCAAGCAAAGCAAUGCUAUCAUGAGGAAGUUCUUGGCAUCCAAGAAGCAUGAAGCUGCAAAAGAUGUGUUUGUGAAGAUUCCUCAAGACUCUAUAGCAGAAAUAUAUAACCAAUGGGAAGAUCAGGGAAUAGAAGCCUCUCUUCCAGCUGAAGACGACAAUGCUAUAAGAGAACACUUAUGUAUAAGGGCAUAUUUGGAAGCCCAUGAAAUCUUCAAUAAAUGGUUUCAGCACAUGAACUCAGCUCCACAGAAGCCGCCUUUGUUGCCACAAGCAAGUUUCACUGAAAAAGUGGCCCAUGAACAUAAAGAAAAAAAAUACGAGGUGGACUAUGGUAUCUGGAAAAGUUUCUUGGAUGGUCUUACAAGUGAUGUCAAGGAGAAAAUGUACAACGUGUUGCUGUUCGUUGAUGGAGGAUGGAUGGUUGAUGUUAGAGAGGAUGCUGAGGAGGACCCCGAACGAACACAUCAGAUGAUUCUGCUGCGAAAGCUGUGUCUGCCAAUGAUGUGCUUCUUACUGCACACGGUGUUGCACAGUACUGGGCAGUACCAGGAAUGCCUGCGGCUGGCUGACAUGGUGGCAUCCGAGCGACACAAGCUCUAUACGGUAUUUUCAAAGGAAGAACUCCGAAAAUUCUUACAGAAGCUGAGAGAAUCUUCUCUGAUGCUUCUGGACCAGGAUCUCGAUCCCUUGGGAUAUGAAAUUCAGUCUUAGAAUUUCUCAUAGAUAUCUGCAAAACUUUUGAACGUUAAGUCUGGACACUUUGAUCAACUUUGGUUCGUUGUGUAAUUAAUUCUGAUCUUUAUUCCAAGAAACACAGUUACACAGAUUUCGAAGUCCUGGCCAACACAAGAGGAUAUUUGUUACACAGUCUCUUUUGUAACUUUUUUUUUCUAAUAAAUGUGCUUUACAAACAGAAAACGUUUGUUCAUUCACAUCUAAGCUGCCAAUACACAUAGAAAGGUGGUGCUGUGCGGACUUCCUUCGUGUACAUGCUGAGAAGCCGCCUGUAGAGGAGAAGCGUUAUUCAGCAGUACAAGAAAGCACGGGGGUGCAGCAGAAAAGGAAAGUGAGGCAG